AUGACUACUGCCGCCCCCACCGCCCUUCCCGCCUCUACCCACCUCGAGGAGCUUGUCAAACUCGCGAGCUCGGCCAACAACGUCGAGGCCAAGGCUGUCGCCGACGGCAUCGCCCUUUCUCUCAAGAAGGCCCCCAAGACCCUCAACGCUAUCCAGGAUGCCAAGAUCAUUGAUGUCGUCCUUGCCUGGGCUGGCUCCAAGGCUGCCUCCGAGAAGGAGGCUGCCGCCGUCCUUGUUGAGAGGCUCUCUCGGUCUCUCGGUACUGGUGUCGAAGGUGUCUUCUUGCCUCUUGUGCCUGCCAUCCUGAACCUUUCCCAGGAUAAGGUCCAGCAGAUCAGGACCUCUGUCAACAGUGCCAUGGUCAGUCUAAUCAAGGCUGUUGCCCCUGAGGGUGUCCGAAGCGUGUUCGAGGUCUUGAUCAAGGUCUUGGAUGACAGCAAGCAGUGGAGAACCCAGGUUGCUGCCCUCAAGGCUAUGGAGGGUCUUGUCAAGGCCGGCUCCGAGGAGUAUGUCGCGAACGAGCUCGGUCACGUCAUUCCCGUUGUUGAGCAUGCCAUGCACGACACCAAAUCCGAGGUUUCCAGUGCUGCCAAGAAGGCUGCUACUACCCUCUGUGGUACCCUCCCCAACCCCGAUGUCCUCAAACACGUCGACCUUUUGGUCUCCGCCAUGGCCUCCCCCGCUGCUGUCCCUUCCACUAUCAAGGGUCUUUCUUCCACCACUUUCGUUGCUGAAGUCAACGCUCCCACUCUUGCCGUCUUGGUUCCUCUUUUGACCCGUGCUUUGAAGGAGCGAUCCACCGACACCCAGCGAAUGACCUGUGUCGUUAUUGGUAACCUUGUCAAGCUUGUCCGAGACCCCACCGUCGCUGCCAGGUACCUUGGUCCCCUCUUCGGUGGUGUCAAGCAGCUCGCCACCGGCGCUGCCUUCCCCGAAAUUCGAGCGUUCGCUCAGACCGCUUUGGACAUUCUCAUUGGCGCUGGUGCCUCUGCCGAUGCUACUCCUUUGCCUCCUCGCGACGUGACCCUUGCCGUCACCGAGGCCUUGGCUGUCAUGGCUCCUCACUUUGACAUUGCCGAGUUCCCUGCCCACCCCUCGCUUCCCCUCUCCGCCUCCCUCCCCAAUAGCCCCGUCAUCGCUCACGCCAUCGAGUACCAGGCCAACAUCGUUGCCGACCUCGUCGACGCCCGAAAGUGGGAUGCUUCCGCUUGGGAGGGUAAGGCCCUCGGUUCUUUCAUGAAGCUCCUUCAGGGAGCUGAAGAAGGUGCCAAGUCUACCGCUGCCAUCCGACAGGCCUUCAUGGACAUCGACAAGGCCAAGUUUGCCCCCGAUGUGGAGGACGACGGAUCUGAGGGUCAGUUGCUCUGUGAUAUCCAGUUCUCUUUGGCCUACGGUGGUCUCCUUUUGCUCAACCACACCAACUUGAAGUUGAGGCGUGGUAGGAGGUACGGCAUCUGCGCCGGUAACGGUGCGGGUAAGUCUACUUUGAUGAAGGCUAUCCGAGACGGCAAGGUCGAGGGCUUCCCUCCCCAGGACCAGCUCCGAACCAUCAUGGUCGAGCACGCCAUGCAGGGUGAAGAUGCGUCCGCUGCUAUCCUCGACUUCAUCUGUGCCGACCCCAAGUUGACCCACAAGACCCGUGCCGAGGUUGCCGCUAUGCUCUUGUCUGUCGGUUUCUCUGAUGAAAAGCAACAAGACCCCGUUGCCUCUUUGUCUGGUGGUUGGAAGAUGAAGCUCGAGUUGGCCAAGGCCAUGCUUAUUGGUGCCGACAUCCUCUUGCUCGAUGAGCCUACCAACCAUUUGGAUGUCCAGACCGUUGCUUGGCUCGAACAGUACAUCUGCAGCCUUACCGAGGUCACCUGUAUGAUCGUCUCCCACGACUCUGGUUUCCUCGACAACGUCUGUACCGACAUUAUCCACUACGAGACCAAGAAGCUUGCCUACUACCCCGGUAACCUUUCCGCCUUUGUCGCCAAGGUCCCCGAGGCCAAGUCUUACUACACCCUUGCCGCCACUUCCAUCAAGUUCUCUUUCCCUCCCCCCGGUAACCUUGUUGGUGUCCGAUCCAACACUCGAGCCAUCCUCAAGCUUUCCAAUGCCACCUUCACAUACCCCGGUGCUGCCAAGCCCUCGCUCAAGAACCUCUCUUGUUCUUUGUCCCUCUCUUCCCGAGUCGGUAUCGUCGGUCCUAACGGUGCGGGUAAAUCUACCCUCAUCAAGCUUUUGACCGGUGAGACUGUUCCCCAAGAAGGUGCCGUCCACAAGCACCCUGCUUUGCGUGUCGGUUACGUUGCCCAGCACGCUUUCCACCACAUCAACUUGCACUUGGACAAGACUGCCGUGCAGUACAUCCAGUGGCGUUACCAGGAUGGUCACGACCGUGAAAUGAUGGAGAAGGCUACCCGUGUGUUCACCGACGAGGACAAGGAGAUGAUGGACCGCCCCAUCGAAGGCAAGAACGGCGAGUUGAGGAAGAUCGAGUUCAUCCUGGGUCGUCAGAAGCUCAAGAAGUCCUUCCAAUACGAAGUCAAAUUCAAGGGUUACGACCACAAGUACAACGCUUGGAUCGGCCGUGACGUCUUGCUCGAGAAGGGUUUCCAAAAGCUCGUCACUCAGUUCGAUGACUUGGAGUCUUCUCGAGAGGGUGCUGGUCAGCGUGACACUGGUGCCACUGCUGUCCGAGAGGUCUUGGAGGCUGUCGGUUUGGACGGUGACAUUGCUCAGUACAACGAGAUGUCUGGUCUGUCUGGUGGUCAGAAGGUCAAGGUCGUCAUUGCUGCUUCUAUGUUCAACAGGCCUCAAUGUCUCUUCUUGGAUGAGCCUACCAACUUCUUGGACCGAGAAGCCCUCGGUGGUCUCGCUGUCGCCAUCAAGGAGUGGGGAGGUGCCGUCUGCAUCAUUUCUCACUCUACUGAAUUCGUCAAUGCCCUUUGUCCCGAGAUCUGGAACGUCGACAACGGUGAGCUUACCCACCAGGGUAAGGUCGCCAUCGUCGAGGACGCUUUCGACAACCCCUCUCAGCCCGGCUCUCGAGUCCCCAGCAAGGCUGGUACUCCCCGAACCAUCCCCGGUACCCCUUUGACUGCUGCCACCUCUGGCACUGCUACCCCCGAUGGUAGCAGUGCUGUUGAGGAUGUCACCGACGGUUUGGCCAAGUUGAUGGAGAAGAAGAAGAAGAAGAAGAAGAUGACCCGAAACGAGCUCAAGGCUCAGGAGGAGAGGAGGAGGAUGAGGAAGGUCAACUGGCUGGCCUAUGGUGGUGAGCGUGAGCCGGACACUGAUGACGAAUAA